AUGAACAAAUGUAUUUUUGUCGAUGAUUCCUGUGAUCUUUCGAUCCGCGACAUACCUGAAGCAUACCAUCCCAAAGAUGGCCAAGCUCUAGUCAAAGUCGAGUACUCAGGCAUCAACCCAGCCGAUCUGAACCAUCCGAAGGAUCUGGGCUGGAAGAACAACGUCUGCGGCUAUGAAAUCUGCGGCACCGUUAUAGAAACAGGAAGGACUAGUCGCUACGCAGUCGGAGAUGCCGUCUUUGGCUCCAACCAUCCCGGACGCUCAAAGCCAGGAUAUCAUGGGGGUCAUCAGGACUUUAUGAUAAUAGAGUCAAACCUGAUGUCGGUCAAAUUGCCUGCUCAACUCCCUCGACCAGACGCCGCUGCUCUUAGUAUCAUGGUACGCUCGGCUGCAGAUGCGUUGUUGAAUCACUUCGAGAUCCCUUUCCCUACUAUAGGCGUUUACGGGCCACCUCCUACUGGCGCCUUGCUGGUUUGGGGUGGUGCAAGUAGCGUAGGCUGCGCAGCAAUACAGCUUGCAAAGGCUAUGGGAGUGAAAUGGAUAUUCACGACUGCUUCGCCUACCAACCACGAGGCGCUUCUUGAGCUCGGCGCAACAAAGUGUUUCAACUAUCGAGAUUCAAAUAUCGUUGAUGCAGUCAGAGCUACAUGUGACGAGAUCGGCGUCACCAUACGAUAUGUCCUAGACACUGUGUGCAAGACAGGCAGUCCUGGUACCAUUGAGCAAUGCGAGGCGAUUGCCGCCGGACCAGAUGUCACAUCCGUUAGUACCCUGCCCCAGUUCAGUAAGCCGCCACGGUGGAGAAUGAUCUUUGCUUCGAGAGAAACCGACAACCCUGUCCCGUUCGAGUUUCCUGGGGGCAAUAAAGCAAAUCCUGUAUGGGAGGCUCGGCUGGAGAGGACAGUUGUUUGGGCUGCUAAGAACUACGGGUCGCAAUUUCGGAUCCCCAAUAUUAAGAUCGUGGAAGGGGCUGAGAAGGGAAUGCAGGCUAUCAAGGAUGUGAACGAAGGAAAGGUCAGCUUGACCAAGGUUGUCAUCAAGCAUCCGCUUUAG